AUGAGUAUUAUUUUUAUUUUAUUGAUAAUUGUAUGGAGUCAGAUAUCAGGUAAUUAUGUUAUUGCAAGGCAUACGUUGUUUAAAGUUGGCAAUAACGAAAAAAUGUCUACAAUAAAUAACGAAUCGUGUGUAUCUUGUAUCUGUGAACCUAUGGCCGGAAAUUGCAAUGAAGAAUUUUGCACGGAUCCCAUAAAUAUUAAUUUAUGCAAAAACAAAACUUAUCAAGCAAAUACCGAAUUUAGUGCUCCGGCCACGACAUUUAGUCUUCGAAAUAUUGGAUUUAUAUUCAAAAUGUUUAUAUGCAUGUGUGUAUUGUAUAUGUUUAUAAUACACGCAUCUGGAGAUUGCUUCGAAUCAAGAUCUACAAGAAGAAUAAAUUCAAGUUUAAAUCAAAUUCUAUCAGAUGAAAGUCUGUCGUCCACUAACAGUGAUGACCAAAGUUGUGUAAUGCCGUUGAAUAUCAAUACGAGAUAUGACAAUGACCUUAGUGACCCGCCUCCUUCGUAUGAAGAUACGCAAAUCACUAGGACACACGUCGCAAGUACACCAAUGCAGACUUCUGAUUUAAAUUACGUCGAGCUUAAUACUUUUAAUUACUACGACAGUGCACGCUUAUUUUUAACGUCACCUAUCGACGAGCCACCACCUUCGUACGACGAGUUACCGCCGCCGUACGACGAGUGUUUGGCAAUCCAUCGUUUGAAACCUACACUGCAGGUUCAUAAUUUACCACCGAGUUGUGGGAAUGAUCAUAAUAUUUUGUAUAUGACUAUACCGGUCGAUACGAUAGAAACUGCAAGAGAUUCGCAAGAGACAUUUGAAUCCGAAACCGAAAUGUUAUGCACUCAAGUCUGA